AUGGCUGUGGAAGAUCCUAAUGCACAACAUGGAGUAAAGCUAACAAUUGAAGACUAUCCUUUUGCCAAUGAUGGUCUUUUAAUAUGGGAUGCAAUUAAACAAUGGGUCACAGAUUAUGUCAAUCACUACUAUCCAAGCUCAAGCACUAUAGAAUCUGAUCAAGAGCUCCAAGCAUGGUGGACAGAAAUUCGAACAAAGGGUCAUGCUGACAAAUCUGAAGAACCAUGGUGGCCAAAUCUUAAAACACAACAAGAUCUUAUUAACAUCGUUACCAAUAUAGCCUGGUCAGCAUCGGCUCAUCAUUCAGCUGUGAACUUUACGCAAUAUACUUAUGGAGGCUAUUUCCCUAAUAGGCCAACCAUUGCUAGAAUCAAAAUGCCUACAGAAGAGCCUACAAAGGAAGAAUGGGAAGCAUUUAUGAACAAACCAGAGGAAACACUUUUGGCGUGUUUUCCAUCGCAAAUUCAAGCAACCUUAUUUAUGGUUGUUUUGGGCUUAUUAUCAGAACAUUCACCAGAUGAAGAGUACAUUGGACAGAAAAUGGAGCCAUCUUGGGGUGAGAAUCCAACUAUAAAGGAAGUUUUUGAAAGGUUUCAUAGGAGAUUGAAGGAGAUUGAAGGAAUUAUAGACUCAAGGAAUGAAGAUAGGAAUUUGAAGAAUAGACAUGGAGCUGGCAUAGUGCCUUAUGAGUCAUUAAAGCCAUUUUCAGGACCUGGGGUCACUGGAAAAGGUGUCCCAUACAGCAUAUCCAUUUAA